AUGGUCCAAUCUCCCCUUGCUACGGCUCCUAUAGAUGGCUCUGGUCUCCACGAGCUGGUUACCAACAUCGGAAGUUUGCCCGACGGAAUCGCCAUUGACACUGGUCACCAGCACAUACACUGGACGAAUAUGGGAGUCCCCUCUGCCAAGGAUGGGCCCAUACAACGCAGCGGUUUAUCCGGUAACAAUAUCGUGACGAUCAUUCCACCAGACCAGUCACAUACGCCGAAAGAGCUGACUAUUGCGCUCAAAUCAAAAAUGUUGUACUGGUCAGACCGAGAGAGUAUGAGAGUUAUGGGGGUUGUGCAGAACUGGUGUGUUGGCAUUGCUGUAGACGAAGAGUCUAAGCCUGUCUUUUUGAGGGCUAUCGAAGGGAAACGAAGGACGAAUUUUUCAAAUGGAUCUCGAAAGGGCCGGAGAUAUCCAGGUUCUUCUAAAAAAUCUUCCGGAACCAUCGAUUUAGAAUUGAACCACGCUUCUGGGACACUGUACUGGACUCAUCGUGGUGAUCCACCACACGGCAACACCGUAAAUUCAGUUGCCCUUACGGAUGUGUCCACGAAUAACGUGACACCAAAGAUCCCGGCUCGCAAGCUUCAAGAAGAGAUUGGACUUGCUUUGGACCUCAAGAAUAACCGUAUGUUUUUCGGCGACCUUGGAGGCUCUCUGUACAGUGCCAAUUUGGACGGGUCCUGCAGGACUGCGAUUUUCCCUGACAUCGGAGGCUCGAUCACAGGGGUAAUCUAUGUUGGUGAGUAG